GAGGUUGCCCCUUUAUACUCGUACUGAACGCCAACGUAAGGAUAGCAUUUUUGUUGGAAACGGGAACCCUUACUAGCGAUCUAACGCAGACCUUCCCGAGCGACGUUAUCGAUAUCGCUAUAUAGUCUUUUUCAAGCAGCCUAAAACAGUCCUAGUAAUCAUGGCGGAUAAUUGGGAGGAGGAUGCGUCGCUGCAGGCGCCCCCUCCUCCGGCUGCUCCAGCGGCAGCGUUUAACCCAAACAGCAUGAUCUUUAUCCCUGGGCAAGGCCUUGUGCCUGCUCCUCGUCCGCCACCGCCUCCACCACCACCGCCAGCGCCGGUCGAGCCGCCUCCUCCUGUUGUCGAGGAGCCCGCUCCGCAGCCGCCCCAAGUAGAGGAGCCACCAGCACCGGCGCCCCAGCCGGAGCCACAGCAAGAUGGAGGGUCCGCACCAGAGCCAUCGCCAUCGCCUGCACCAGCACCUGCACCGGCGCCAGCGCCUGUCGUGGAGGCGCCGGCCCCUGAGGAGCCCGUUGCUCCUCUUGACGAAAGCGCGGUUAUGAAAGCAUUCCAGGAGUCCUUGGUGGAGGAGCCCAGGGACCACCUCAACAUUGUGUUCAUUGGGCACAUCGAUGCCGGGAAGUCCACGCUGGCCGGUCAAAUCCUUUUCCUCACGGGAGGUGUGGACAAGCGCACCAUCGAGAAGUAUGAACGCGAGGCCAAGGAGAAGAACCGCGAGGGCUGGUACAUGGCGUACAUCAUGGACACCAACGAGGAGGAGCGCGUCAAGGGUAUCACCGUGGAGGUGGGUCGCGCGCACUUCGAGACGGAAAAGAAGCGCUACACCAUCCUGGACGCCCCCGGGCACAAGAACUACGUGCCCAACAUGAUCCAGGGCGCCUGCCAGGCGGAUGUGGCCAUCCUGGUCAUCUCGGCACGCAAGGGCGAGUUCGAGACGGGUUUCGAGCGCGGCGGUCAGACCCGCGAGCACGCGCAGCUGGCCAAGACGCUGGGCGUGACGCGGCUGAUCGUGGUGGUCAACAAGCUGGACUGCUCCUCCGUGGCGGUGGAUGGCAAGUGGGACAAGGCGCGUUUCGACCAGAUCGUGAACGGCCUGACCCCCUUCCUACGGCAGUGCGGCUACAACGUGAAGAAGGAGGUUACCUUCCUGCCGCUGGCUGCGCUGUACGGCCACAACAUCCGCGACCCGGUGGCCAAGGAGCUGUGCGGCUGGUACGAGGGAGACACGCUGUUCCAGGUGCUCGACAGCAUUGAGCCGCUGGAGCGCAACCCUCUGGCUCCCUUCCGCAUGCCCGUGGUGGACCGCUGGAAGGACAUGGGCACCAUUGUGAUGGGAAAGAGCGAGGCGGGGUUCGUGCGGGUGGGGGAUGUGCUGCAGCUCAUGCCGAACAAGCUGCGUGUCAGGGUGGACGCGGUAUUCCGUGACGAGAAGGAGACGCAGUCGGCCCGCAGCGGUGAGAACCUGCGGCUGCGGCUGAGCGGGUGCGAGGAGACGGACAUCUCGCCCGGCUUCGUGCUGUCCAGCAUCAAGAACCCCGUGCCCAUGGUCACGCAGUUCGAGGCGCAGCUGGUGAUUGUCGAGCUGCUGGAGCACAACCCCAUCUUCACGGUGGGCUACAAGAGCGUGCUGCACAUCCACACGGCGUGCGAGGAGUGCGAGGUCUCCAAGCUGGUCGCUGAGAUCGACCCCAAGACCAAGGAGCAGAAGAAGUGCAAGUACAUCAAGAGCGGCGGCAUCUGCAUCUGCCGCAUCACGAUUGACAAGCCCAUCUGCAUUGAGGCGUUUGCGGACGUGGCGUCGCUGGGGCGCUUCACGCUGCGAGAUGAGGGGCGCACCAUUGCUAUUGGCAAGGUGGUGAAGCUGCCCAAGGUGCAC